AAAUCACAGUAAAAUGGUGUCUCAGGGGACAAAACUGAACUUCAUCAUACUUGUCAGUCUGUGCAUAGUCAAUUUUGAAAACGUUGAAUCAGAGGAAAUGUGGUAUCCGAUGACAGUUGGCUCAGGAGUAAUGAAUGUCCGAAUCGGGACGAUUCGAUUUUAUUUGAAUGAUGGUUUAAAUGUGACAGUUGCGAAUGGCGACUGUAUAUGGAGAGUUGACUUGAGACCACCAACCUUCAGUGAGAUAGAAAUGAAAGGAGGAUUUCGUCAAGGUUUACUGAGGUGUAGAAGUGGGAUGACGUUGCCUGAUUCACUUGAGAACAUGAGCCUAUAGACUAUGCUCGUGCAAAACACUAUUGGAACUGACAAGAAAAUGACGGAGUUGGCAAUAAUAAUUGUUGUGUAACUGAAAACUACUUUCAACUGUGCUUAUUGAAAUGCUCUGCUCUGAUGUUUGUGAAACCGAAUAGAAAUAUCCUCUUCUUCUUCCUCUUACUGUAGAUUAGAUCGUUUCGAA